UUCAAACUCACGCAUUUCACUGAUUCUUGACUUCAGAGGAAAAAAACAUCGCCCAAUUGCUUUGUUCAUCACGAACAUCAACGGAAUAAAUAGAGAAAGGAUAGGAAAAAGAUAGUUAUUGAGUGGUUUAUGGCACCAGUUUCUAACAAUUAGCUCCUUUAAGUUAAUUCAAAUUCUAUGGAUCCCAAGAAUUGGAGACUUAAUCAGGAUACUGAACUGACUAUCGACACAACUGACUGGAGAGCUCAACUGCUACCUGAUUCACGCCAACAAAUUAUCAAUAAAGUAUUGGACACAUUAAAAAAACAUCUUCCUGUUAAUGGUUCUGAGGGAUUACUUGAACUUCAGAAGAUUGCUCAAAGGUUUGAAGACAAAAUAUUUACUGCUGCAACAGAUGAGUCUGAUUAUCAACGGAAAAUAUCUUUAAAGAUACUUUCAAUGGACUCUAAAUCUCGCAAUACUACUACUGCCAACAAUAUGCUAUUAAAUGAUAUUGGUCCUAGCAAUAAACUUCUCAGUCAAGGAAAUUGCGGAAUAGCUCCUAUCUCAGUUGUUGAGCGUAAUGCCAUUUGGAAUCAAAGAAAGAUUGGGCUUAACUCAAAUUCCAAAACCAUUCCUUCCGAGGUGCGGCCGAGCUCUUCUACGGACCCAUUGGGACAGGAGAAAGAAUAUUUGUCGACACAGCCUGACCAUUUUAAGCGGCAGAAGGUUUCUUUAGGGAAUCCUUCAUAUUCUUCUGAAAGGACGGUGUCCAGAACCCCCAAAGCUAAAGAUGUUUUUGAGACUUGGCCUUCUGAGAAGCUGAAAUACGAAGAAGAACUACAACGUCUUACCGACCAACUGAAGGAGAAGAAUGAAUUGAUUGCUCAACUAAAGGAAGAUAAUUUCAACCUGGCAACGAAGUCAGAGGGAGAAAAAGCUGAGCUCUCUGCUCAACUAGAAUCUUCGAAGAAGGCUUGUGAAAAUGCCAAUACAUUGCUGAAAGAUGCUCAACAAUCACUGGAAGAGGUUCGUAAGAAACAUUCUGAUCUCGAAGAACCAAGAAAGCAGUAGAUGAGUUUAAUCGGAGUUUUAACGGAGCUCACCAAGCUCUUGAUCAUGUUAAGUUGUUUAACCCUGAUGCCGAUAUUUCCUUAACUACUAGUAUUGAUAUUGCUGUUCAUUAUGGAAAUUUGGUCUACCUCGGUGAAACUAGAAUGCAUCUCCUUAUUUUGCUAAGUGAUUGUAAUCAUGAUUCAUGAACAAUAUUGCUUACCUCUUGCCCUUAUAUUUAUUAUACACCUUUUGUUUUUUAUUAAAACUGUUUUUCAUUGUGUCCUUUAUCGAACAUCUUUGUAUUAACAAGUUGCAGUAGGAAUGAUUUUUCAUGAGAGCUUUUUAGAUA